GUCACGGCCAGGGCAUAUCAGACCGAGAUGUAUGAGAAGAGCAUCAAGGAGAACAUUGUGGUAGUGAUGGACACUGGAAGUGGGAAGACGCUGGUGGCUACGCUCCGGAUCAUGCACGAGCUUGCACGCAUUGAUUCAGGAAAGAAGAUCUGGUUCCUGACCCCAACGGUGGAGCUCUGCCGACAGCAGUGUAAGACGCUGCAGCAGCAGAUCCGCUCCGUCGAGAUUCGAUCCUUUUCCUCGCGCGACAAUGUCGACGGCUGGAGGAGCCAGGAGCUGUGGGACGCCGCCCUCGACAAUGUCCGCGUGGCCGUGGCCACGUACGCCGUCCUGCAGAACUCCCUCUCUGACGGCUUCGUGAAGAUGGCUUCGAUUGCGCUGAUCGUGUUUGACGAGGCGCACCACUGCGUUGGCAAGAGCUCCGGAAGCAAGAUCAUGAAUCAGUUCUUCUGGCGAGACAAGGACGCUGGACGGCCCGUUCCGCACAUCCUGGGCCUGACCGCUAGUCCCGUGAACAAAGUCGGCGGUAAGAAGCUGAAGAACCUCGAGGACACCCUCAACGCAACCUGCAAGACCCCGCGACUCCAUCGCGAGAACCUCCAGACCCACGUCAAAAGGCCGACCCUGACCAUUGAAUACUACAGCCUGAGCCCCACCAGCGUCAGUCUGGCGAGCAUCGCCAGCAUGCGGGCUAUUCUGGACGGCCUAGAUAUCGCAACGGACCCAGACAUCAUCCGCUGGCGAACUGAAAACACGGAGAGGAGCCGGGAAAAGCUCAAGCAGGCUCUCAAGACUAACAAGACGUUUGUACGCGAGCAGCUGAGGGUGUUUUGUGAGAGGGCAGAGGCCAUGUGUGGGCAGCUUGGAACCCUGGCUGCCGAAUUCUACAUUGCCAAGGUCACGUCGCUGGUUAUUGAGUCUACAAGCGCGCCCAGCGGGUCUUGUUUCCUGACCUGGGACUACUCGUCCAGAAUUUACCUUUCCCACCUGCUGGAGCGCGUCGUGGUCGAUCCACGCGCCCUGGCCAGGGUCCCCUCGUCGGCCUCCAUCUCGGCCAAGAUGGAGCGUCUUGCUCGCAUUCUGUGCUCUCACCACCGCGGUGGCGACGACGGCAGCCGCGGAAUUGUUUUCGUCACCGAGCGAGCAACCCUUGCCGCUCUUCACCACUUGCUGUCUUUGCACCCCGACGUGAGCAAGCUGUUCCGAGUCGGCGCAGUCGUCGGGUCGUCGAAGCAUGACCGCGGCAGACGAGACCUUGGAGAUAUCUUCAACCCAGACGAGCAGUCCAAAGUUCUCGACCAGUUUCGCAACGGCAAACUCAACCUCCUGGUCGCCACGAGCGUCUUGGAAGAAGGCAUUGACGUGUCAGCAUGCAAUCUCGUUAUUUGCUUCGACCCGCCCGCCUCGCCCAAAUCCUUCAUCCAACGUCGCGGAAGGGCCAGGAAGUCAGGGUCCGAGUACUUUGUCUUGAUCGACGAGGAAGAACGCGACAAGGCCACGGACUGGGAAGGCAUUGAGGAGCAGCUCAAGGCGCAGUAUGACCGGGAUGACAGAGACUGCGCCAUUGGCAAGCAGAUGGCAGACAGAGAGACGUCCGACAGAGAGUUCAUUGAGCCUACUACAGGAGCCAUCCUGGACAUGGAAAACGCCAAAGGCAGGCUGCAGCGGUUCUGUGCCGUCGCUGGGUCACGACGCUACAGCGACAACCAGCCCUUCUACGUCUAUGAGGAGCUCGCCAACCAGCCGCCGCCAGCUUCGGACGGCGAGAUCCCCCUCAUGAGAGCAAAGGUAGUUCUGCCGGCAUCCAUCCCUUACUCCCUGCGCAUCACCUGGAGCAAGCAGGCGUGGCGGUCGGAGCAGAACGCGUCCAAGGACGCGGCCUUUGAAGCAUACAUGCGCCUGUACGACGCCAAACUCGUCAACGAGAACUUGCUGCCUCUCACCCACGAGGAACUGGGGGUGCAGGACGAGUCGUCCAUGAUCGACAUUCGGGAGCAGUUCAACCCAUGGGCGCGCACUGACAAUCCGAGGCAGGAUGAACCGCAAACGUACGUUAUGCUGCUCGAGGACAGCAACGGUGUCGCACAGUUCAGUUUUCACGUCGUGGCCCCCGUGGAGCUUGGCAAGCCGCAGCCUUUUCAAUUUUACUCUGCCUACGGGGAGCAGCGCAGGGCCCGGUUCUUCCCGCUGCAUUCAGACCCGAGCAUCGAAGAGCAGCCACGCCAUGUUGUCGCCUUUCGAAAUUCUCAGGGGUUGAAAACUUUAACACAAAUGAACCGCUGUUCAUCGUCAACACGUCUUUUGGUCAAGGCCUGCACGUCUCAGCUCAUGUACAAGCUGGAAGCACACCUUGUCACUAAGGAGCUGCAGACAAGGCUUCCCGUGGUCGACGGCAGCAACAGCGAUGUCGUUGACUUGAUCCGCUCCGCCAUCACCACCCCGGUCAGGGCGGAGCCAGAGUACCAGAAACUCGAGUUCCUCGGGGACGCGUGCCUGAAGCUUCUCACGACGGUCCAUUUCGCCACAAAGUACCCUCUCUGGCCGGAAGGUUACCUGACGGCCGGCAGAGCAAGAGUGAUUUCCAACUCGCGGCUGUGCCGGGCUGCCCUGGAGCGGGAGCUAGACCCGUUCCUCCUUACCAAGGGGCACAAUGCCGAGGAGUGGCAGCGGGUCGACCCGGACAACAUUGACAAGACAGACACGCUGAUAGCCGAGGACCCCGGCAGCCGGCGGGUGGCGCGCAGGACGCUCGCGCACGCGGCCAAGGCGCUCAUCGGCGCGGGCAAGCGGGCGGGCGGCUGGGGCACGGCGCUGACGUGGACCAAGCACCUGGUGGGCGACGUGGACCUGCCUAGCCUCGAAGUCGGGCGGCGGCAGCUGUUCGACGUGAGCGCGAGCGACGCGGCGCUGUCGGCGCACCUGGCGACGGUCGAGACGCUGGCCGGUUACGUGUUCCACAAGAAGGCGCUGGCCGUGCAGGCGCUGACGCACAGCUCAUACUUCGCGGCGGAGGCGCACGGCUGCCUCGACCGGCUAGCGUUCCUCGGCAACGCCGUCGUCGAGAGCAUCGUGUCCGAGGCCAUCUUUCCCCUCUCUGCUGCUGCAUCAGCCGGCGGCGCGUCUGGGCCUCAGACGUCGUGCGGCAGCAUGACGGUGCACCGCGCGGCGCUGGUCAACCGCCAAUAUCUCGGCUACGUCGCGCUGGAGUGGCACGUGUCGCGGACGCGGACCGACGUGCAGCAGGCCGGGGCGUCGCCGCGGGGCCCGUUCCGCGAGAAGCGGUACAGCGUUGACUUCCCGCUGUGUCGGUUCCUGCAGCACUGCUCAGAGGGGGUGGCGGACGAGAUGGCGGCUCUGGAAAUGCGAUACGCGGAGCUGCGAGACGAGAUCAAGGAAGCCGUUGCCUCGGGCGCCGCGUAUCCGUGGCUGCAGCUGGCGCGGCUUGGCGCGAGUGACUUCUGCGCCGACGUGGUCGAGGCGCUGGUCGGGGCCGUGUACGUCGACUCUGGGUCGCUGGCGGCAUGCGAGGCGCUGCUCGAGAGGAUGGGUGUUCUGCCGUACCUCAGACGCAUCCUGCGCGACGGCGUCGACACGGUCCACCCCAAGGAGCAGCUGCAGGCGGCGGCGGGGGGUCAGGCCAUAAGGUACGAGGUGAAGAAAAGGGCAACGGCUGGAAGCGACAAGCAGGAUGUUUCUUGCGUGAUCUAUGUGGGUAGCCGGGUGGUGGCUGAGGUUGAUGGUGGUCUGAGCGAGGACGAGGUGCAGAUCAAGGCCGCUGCCCAAGCCGUGCUCUUCCUGUCGUCU